UUACCACGUGCGUUUUUUUUCACUUAAAAUUAAAACCACGCGUUGUGCACAUUUUCGGCGACAAAUUUGCUGAAAGUAAUAAAUUUUAAUUCUCCUGACUGACAAUAAACCUUUUAACUAGCAAAAUGGCACAAAAGAAACGCGCUGCAGCUCCGGUAAAGAAGUCCGAGAAUGGUGUAAAGAAGCCAGCCGGCAACAAGCGUGGUCCAAAGGGAAAGGCUGCUCAGGUCGACGAGGAGGUUUUGGCCACCCAAACGCAGACAAGGCAGUCCAAAAAGAAGCUAGAGCAGCAAGUGGAGCAAAGCGAGGAUGAGUCCGAUUCCGAGGAGGAGCAGAGUGCCGUCAAAUUUGAGGAUGGCAGCGAUUCCGAGGAAGAAAAAGUUUCAGAUUUGAUUGAUGAUGAAGCUGAGGAAGACGAUGAAGAGGAAGAGAGUGACGAUGAUGAGGAAGAGGAUGAUGAUGAACCUGGACAGGUGUCAAAUUCGGGAAAACAACUGACCGAUUCCGAAGACGAGGCCCCUGCUGAGGCGCCCAUAGCCAAGAAAGGCAAGGUAGCUGCUCCAGCAGCAGCUGCGGCGUCACCCAAAAAGGGCGGCAUUCCAAGCAUCACCGUGGGCAAGAUUCCUGUGGAAACUCCCAAGGAUCAGAUUAUUCAUGUGUCCAACAUACCCAAUGAAUACAAACAUCUUGAUUUGGUUGCUCUGUUCACCAAAUUCGGUCCCCUCUCUGCUGUGAAUCGCAUCAAGGGAAAGACUGACGGCAACACCGUGUUCAUUGCCUUCGAGACAUCCGCAGCGGCUAAGGCCGCUUUGGAGGCAAAGGAGAAAGCCUUGACUUUCUAUGGCAAUGUUUUGGCUGUUGCGCGGCCAUUCAAUAGGGAUGACCUGAACAAUCGCACUGUCGCCGUGGGACUCAUUGGCCCCAAGACCACCAAAGAACAGUUGUCGGCACACUUUGCCAAGGUCGGUGAAGUUGAGGCGGUCAACCUAUCGAACAACCGCAGCAACCCAACGGCCUUCGUGCGCUUUAAGACCACCGAUCCAAUGCCCGAGGCUCUCAAGCUGCACGGCAGUGAGUUGAACUCUCGCUUCAUCAGCGUUCGCGAGCCCUCCUACAAGCUCAACUCGAAGAAGUCGCCCGAACGCACUCUGAUCGUUCAGAAUGGUGCCAAGCACGAGUCGUUCAAGUCCGAUGUCAUCGAGAAGAUCUUCAAGAAGUUCGGUGAAGUCGAGGACAUUGAUGUUGUGUGCACCAAUUAUGUGCUGGCUUUUGUCACAUUCAAGGAGGCCAAGCAGGCCGAAAAGGCGCUGCAACAGCUCAAUGGCAAGACUGUCAGCGAUCUGGAGCUCAACUUGGAGCAAUACACAUUCAAUACCUCGCCACGUACCGUGCUGGUGACAAAUCUCACAGCAGAUGUCACUGAGAGCGACCUGAAGGAAUUGUUCAGCGAGAGCGGUAAGGUUGACACCGUCACCUUGCUGUCACACAAGGCCCUGGUCAAGUUCGCCACCAACGAUGGCUUCUGCAAGUCCUUCCUGUGCAAUGAGCGAGUCUUGAAGAACCAGCCCAUAUUCCUGGAACCCAACUCGAUGCUGAAGCACAAGCUGCUCAAGAAGAAGUCGUCGACCCUAAAUCGCAACGGCAAUCGCCCCCCAUUUCCACGUGCUGACGGGCCACCAAAAUUCAACAAGUUCGGCAAGAAGCCCUUCAACAAGCGGCCAGCACAGGACAAUGGUGCAAAGCCAGCAUGGAAGAAGAUCAAGAAGGAGGUCUAAACUUAUUUUAGACUUAGUCUUAGGUUAAACCAUAUACACGGCAAAAUCCCCCUCCUUCUUAUAAGCCAAUGCGAAAUAGAGCAUUGAAUUUAGUCAUUAAGUCAAGAGCCCCCAACCACCACCAUAAAAUAUUUUUUGUAUUUUGCCCGAUGUAAGGGCUGCCAUUCACACCACCGAGCCAAAAGCUAAAUAAAAGAGUGUCGAGUAAAUGCAAA